CUUGGAGCUGGAGUACGACCAAGUCUGCUGCUGUGGCUGGCGACCUAGGUGAUCCAUUUCUAUCCUCGGUGCUAUCAAGAUGGUGUUGCCUCGCAGGCCUCCUCGAUAUGUUACGGCUAGCGUACUGUGUUCAUGCGGUGGCCUCCUAUUUGGUAUGGACACCGGAAUUAUUGGUCCAGUCACGGUCAUGAAUAGCUUCGUGGAGCAAUUUGGCAACCAAUCUGCAACGGUACACGGUUUGCUGGUCUCUUCCAUCCUGAUUCCGGCAGCUAUAUCUUCGUUCUUUGCUGGAUAUCUUGCGGAUAAACUGGGUCGCCCUAAGGGAAUAAGCAUUGGUGUCUUAAUAUUUGCAAUCGGUGCAGCUCUGGAGGCAGCGGCUGUUCAUGUCGCUAUGUUUGUGGUCGGCCGCUGCAUCGAAGGAAUCGGAGAGGGCCUUUAUUUGGGUACAUUGGUUGUGUAUAUCUGCGAGAUCUCACCACCCAGUGUUCGAGGAGCUCUGACAACCGGUCCUCAGUUGUUAAUUACAUUGGGCCUGGUUGUUGGAUUCUUUACGUGCUAUGGAACCGCUCGAAUCCAAUCCUCAAUGUCAUGGCGAACGCCGUUUCUUAUCCUCGCCUGUCUCUCGGCCCUAUACUCUGCUGCUGCGUUCAUGUGGCUUGUACCGUCUCCAAGAUGGCUCACCAUCCAUGGUCGCAGAGACGAAGCAAAUGCUAUAUGGGACCUACUUGGUGUCAGCCACGCAGAGCGAGAAAAAAGCGAAAUCGAGCAGGAUAGAGGUAUGAUUGUUCAAGGGUCUGUUUCGCAAGACGUCCCCGUGACGAACGAUCCCGGUGUGAAUACUGCCGUAUCAGAACUACAAGGCACUCGAUCCACGAAGCACAAACUGCUCGAUAUCUUCUCCAAGGAUGUUCGUGCACGUACCGCCCUGGCUGUGUUCCUAAUGGCAAUGCAACAACUGAGUGGGAUAGAUGGUGUGCUUUAUUAUGCGCCCUUGCUCUUUGAACAGGCUGGUCUUGGAUCCGCAGACGCCAGUUUCUUUGCGUCCGGUGUUUCAGCUCUGGUGAUCUUUGCGGUGACAAUACCCGCCUUGAUGUGGGCAGACAAAUGGGGCCGUCGUCACAGCGUCAUCUACGGCGGAAUUGGUAUUGCCCUCACCAUGUUUUUGAUGGGCGCCCUAUAUGCAGGUAAUGUAGUGCAUGCCACAACCGGCGUAGGUCGCUGGGUCGUCAUUGUUAGCAUCUAUAUCUUCGCAGUGAUAUUCUCCCUGAGCUGGGCCGUCGGCAUUAAGAUUUAUGCUUCCGAGAUUCAGCCUCAACGCACUCGUGCGGCGGCCACAGGGGCCGCCUACAUGGGCAACUGGAUUUCGAACUUCUUAGUCGCGCUGAUAACGCCAAUCUUGCUGUCCAAGAGCAGUUUCGGGGCUUAUUUCCUGUUCGGGGGAUGCUCAGUAACCACAGCUGUGGUCUGUGCUUUCUUUAUGCCGGAGACGAAGGGUCGAUCAUUGGAUGAAAUCGAGGACGCGUUUAAAUCCAGAUCAUCUUUUAUGAAGACUUUUCGGCCCAUCACUCGAAGGGCACCUGAGGAUAUCCGGAUGCCUGUAAUAUGACCUAGUUCGACCUUCGAGUGCCGCUUGGAAAUGGUAAUGGGCUUAUUUGUGUAAGAUUCUCUGGAACUAGGUUAUGGCAAAGAAAUAGAUACUGAAGGAAUGAAGAAAACCUAAAAGUAUGUAUGUUGUGAUUGCAGCUCUAAGGUUGUUGAGUUUGGGAUGUUGAUGCUUUUGAUAGCGGAUCC